GUUUCGUUUGGAAAUAACUCAAAGCCAGAAAGAAAACAGGACAUUACGAAGGAAACUACUGGAACUGAAGGUGGCACGAGAGCGCACAGAGAGGACAAUGCGAGAGCGCGUCCUCGCCAGUCGUCCCAGUAGUGUCAAGAUCCUCGACCGAUACAGAGGAAUGGCAAGAGGUGAAGGAAAUCUCACUGGAGGACACAGGAACUUUGUGAAGCCAGCGGGACACAAUACAUGGAGAGAUGACCAACCAAUCACUGUAGAUGAGGGGAGUGGAACCUCAGCCCAGCACAUUAUCAUGAUAGAGGCUGCAGAUGCAGAGACUGCAGGUCUUGGGGUCAAGCAGGAGAGGUCUGAAGGAGAGGAGGACCAACGACACAGCAGAGACAUCCAGACUGGAUCGGCUGGAGCGCCAUCUUUAGCCACAGCAAACCCCACCACCGCCACCACGCAGCCCAGGACCAGAUGCAGCAUCACGGAGGUCCGUGGAACGCUGAACGGCAUCCGCAAGUCAGAGACCGACACCAAGGCUUUAACUGUAACACAGAGACCAGAGAGCCCAGAGAGACUGGGGCUGGGGAGACUGGGUUGUCCUCCUGCUCUCGGCUCAGAGUAUUUACUUUACGGUAACCAAAGCCUGAGGACGGGUCAUUCCCAUCGAGACGCAGGUGACGUGUUAGAAACUGGCAAUGAUCCGUCUUGUUCUUACACUACAGAGAUGGACCCUGGCAACAUUCCCUUGGAUUUAGAGACACACACUGAUCUGUCUAGAGGGGACUGGAACCAGUACAGUGGUAGUGUAUACUCUGAAGGGUUACUAGAUAAGAAAGGGGAGGUUAUAGUGGUAGAUGAGGUGAAAGUGGAGGGCGACGUUCCACCCACAUGGAAUGCAGAUACUCACUUAGGAGAUGGACUCUCACAGGGCAGAGAUUUCUUAGAUUACAGGGAAAGCUUAGAGACUAAUCCAAAUGUCGCGACCCACUCCCCUUUAAAUGACCUCACGGAUCGCAACCGAGUGGCCACGUCGAUGCGGCCUUCCGAUUCACACAGCCGUGUCCUUUUCGAUCAGGUAUUGAACUCAAAUGACAUGGCUAGAGCCCAGGCUCAGGGAGGGGGAGCCACAUCAGGCAAUAGUAAAGAGAAACGGUUCCUCUGCAUGUUUUGUAACAAAGGCUUCAGCUGCCCCCAGAAAGUGGAGAUCCACCAGAGGGUCCACACAGGGGAGAAACCCUUCAGCUGUACCCAGUGUAACAUGCGCUUUGCUGAGGCUGGCAACCUGAAGCGGCACCAGAGGGUCCACACAGGGGUGAAACCCUUCAGCUGUACUGAGUGUCAUAUGCGCUUCGCCCAGGCUGGUGACCUGAAGAGGCACCAAAGGGUCCACACGGGAGAAAGGCCAUUCGCCUGUAAUCACUGCGGGAAGAGGUUCUCUGAGAGGAGAUACCUAAGGAUACACCAGCAGAAAAUCCAUUCCACUCUUUAACAUAAAAGUAACCAUUCCACUCGAUAGCUACCUGGCUAGCUAAGUAAACAACAGCUGGAACGAUCUAGCUAGCUGUAAAGUUUACAAGUAUCCCCACUAGCUGGCUACUAGACAACCAAUAUAACAGUUGGGCCUAAAGCUUUUUGUUGGGACCCAAGACAAGCAACUCUUGCCUGUAUCAGUAUUGGACACUAGCAAUACUGUGGACCAAUACUUUUAUAGCAAUAUAGCUGCCUACUGAUAUAAUGGCCCAAUGUAUUGCACAUUGUUUUGAUAAGCCGGUUAGAAUAAGACUGUCAAAUCAUAAAUCAUAAUCUGUACCAAAUGCAUUGCCUAUCAAUUAGUGCUGGGCGAUAUAUAGAAUKAAUUUGAUUCAUUCGACUUCAUGUUUUUGUGCAAUAUUCCAAAUGCCUGUAUCGCWUUUGGAGUAUUGCACAAGUUUUUAGUUUUAGUUUUUCUGAGCGUUUAUGUCCCCUUGUUCUGAUGUUGUCUUUUUGGUCUCGUUCGCUCCUUCUGUGCACCUUCCCAUUUACACCAGAGAUCGGUAUAUAACGACGAGAUGCUCAUGUCUCCCCGCCCUAACAAUGGGGGGAGUCGUCCCAAAGGCAGAAAGGCAGGGGACAAGCUUAGGGUCAAAAUAAGCGCAUACAAACGCAUUUGGCUUAUUUUGGCRAGAGUGAAACCUCUCCCUUCGCCUCUUUCUCCCAAGCCCCUCCCCCUACCACGCACAACAAUAAAGAUGAGAGAUCACUUCUUCCUCUCUGACAAACGGUUUCAACU